CUUGGUUUUCAUUCGUUGCGUAUAUAAGGCCUGUUUUGCUGUUUGGGAAGGCACAGUUUCAUUCAAACUUCUAAAGCAACAACAUGAAAGUCUUCAUCCUCGCUGCAUUGGUCGCCGUCGUGGCUUCUCAGGGCUACCCCAAGCCUCAAUACACUACUCCGGCAUAUCCUGCUCCGGCAUACCCAACUCCUGCUUACAAAGCUCCAGCCUACCCAGCUCCGGCUUACAAAGCUCCAGCUUACCCUGCCCCUGCCUAUCCGUCUCCGUCGUACAAGACACCUGAAUAUGCCCCCAUGCCAUACAGCUUCGCCUGGAACGUGAAGGACGAUCCUUCCUACAACGACUACGCUCACCAAGAGACCGCUGAUGACAAGGGUUACGUCACUGGUUCUUACCGAACUCUUCUUCCUGAUGGUCGCACUCAGAUCGUCAACUACAAAGCCGAUGACUACACCGGUUACGUAGCUGAUGUCAAAUAUGAAGGAGAGGCCAAGGAAUACAAGCCAGCUUACAAACCCGCUGGUUACCCAAGCCCUGCUUACCCAAGCCCAGCUUACCCAAGCCCAGCUUACCCAAGCCCAGCUUACCCAAGCCCAGCUUACCCAAGCCCAGCUUACCCUGCACCUAAAUAUCCUAGCCCAGCCUACCCAGCUCCCAAAUACCCAACCAAGUACUAGAUGAACCGAAAAGUUACAAAUCAACCCUAUGCUAAAUUAUUUGGAAUUCAAAUACAAUUCGAUGAAAUAUAAA